AUGGCUGCAUGUGAAAGCCCUCAACCCAUCUUCGAUAGCUUCAAUGAUACACACGAGUUCAACGAUCAAUGGGCUCAAAAACACGAGUGCACACAAGAUCAAGAAUUAGAAGAAGGGAAAUCCCACCACCAAUUUCUUCAAUCGGGAGACAGAGAAGACGGGCGAUUGAAGUUGCAAUUUGUUCAGUACGAUGAUGAUGUGGAUGUCGAGAGGGAAAACGGACAAAAAGUCGGUUAUGAGGUUGAAGCCGAUGAUGUUAUAGAGAAAAGUGAGAUUAGGGAAGAACCAUUGUGA